GCAAUGCAGCAAGUCUUGGAAAAUCUUACAGAGCUGCCCUCAUCUACAGGAGCAGAAGAAAUAGACCUAAUUUUCCUCAAGGGGAUUAUGGAGAAUCCUAUUGUAAAAUCACUUGCUAAGGCUCAUGAGAGGCUUGAAGAUUCAAAAUUAGAAGCUGUCAGUGACAAUAACUUGGAAUUAGUCAAUGAAAUUCUUGAAGAUAUCACUCCUCUGAUAAAUGUGGAUGAAAAUGCAGCAGAGCUGGUUGGUAUACUCAAAGAGCCUCAUUUCCAAUCACUCUUGGAAGCCCAUGAUAUUGUCGCAUCAAAGUGUUACGAUUCACCUCCAUCAAGUCCAGAAAUGAAUAAUUCUAUCAAUAAUCAGUUAUUACCAGUAGAUGCCAUUCGUAUUCUUGGUAUUCACAAAAGAGCUGGGGAACCAUUGGGUGUUACAUUUAGAGUUGAAAAUAAUGAUCUAGUAAUUGCCCGAAUCCUUCAUGGAGGAAUGAUAGAUCGACAAGGUCUCCUGCAUGUGGGAGAUAUCAUUAAAGAAGUCAAUGGCCAUGAGGUUGGAAAUAAUCCAAAAGAAUUACAAGAAUUACUGAAAAAUAUUAGUGGAAGUGUCACCCUAAAAAUUUUACCAAGUUACAGAGAUACCAUUACUCCUCAACAGAGUUGCAUCAAUAUGGAGAGGCAACCAGCACGCGUCCGGCAGGUAUUUGUGAAGUGUCAUUUUGAUUAUAAUCCAUACAAUGAUAACCUGAUACCCUGCAAAGAAGCAGGACUGAAGUUUUCCAAAGGAGAAAUUCUUCAGAUUGUAAACAGAGAAGAUCCAAAUUGGUGGCAGGCUAGCCAUGUGAAAGAGGGAGGCAGUGCUGGUCUCAUUCCAAGCCAGUUCCUGGAAGAGAAGAGAAAGGCAUUUGUUAGAAGAGACUGGGACAAUUCAGGACCUUUCUGUGGAACCAUAAGUAGCAAAAAAAAGAAAAAGAUGAUGUAUCUCACGACCAGAAAUGCAGAAUUUGAUCGUCAUGAAAUCCAGAUAUAUGAAGAGGUUGCCAAAAUGCCCCCCUUCCAGAGAAAAACGCUAGUAUUGAUAGGAGCUCAGGGUGUGGGCAGACGAAGCUUGAAAAACAGGUUCAUAGUACUGAAUCCCAGUAGAUUUGGAACUACAGUGCCAUUUACUUCACGGAAGCCAAGGGAAGAUGAAAAAGAUGGCCAAGCAUAUAAAUUUGUGUCACGAUCAGAGAUGGAAGCAGAUAUUAAAGCUGGAAAGUAUUUGGAGCAUGGGGAAUAUGAAGGAAACCUCUACGGAACGAAGAUAGACUCUAUUCUUGAAGUUGUCCAAACUGGACGGACAUGUAUUUUGGAUGUCAACCCACAAGCACUGAAAGUGUUGAGGACUUCAGAGUUCAUGCCGUAUGUGGUCUUUAUUGCUGCCCCAGAGCUAGAGACACUACGUGCCAUGCACAAGGCUGUGGUGGAUGCAGGGAUCACCACCAAGCUUCUGACUGAUUCAGACUUGAAGAAAACAGUGGAUGAAAGUGCCCGGAUUCAGAGAGCCUACAACCACUAUUUUGAUCUGAUCAUCAUAAAUGACAAUCUAGACAAAGCCUUUGAGAAACUACAAACUGCCACAGAGAAACUGAGAAUGGAGCCACAGUGGGUUCCAAUCAGCUGGGUUUACUGAUGAUACAAUAGGCUAACAAUUAAAAUAAAACUAGUGACUCAACAAAUAAACCUUCUGCUGAGAGAAUACAUGCACAGAUAGAAGAUAAUCUGCCCAAUCAAGGCAUUUUUAUUGUGUAGAAUGAAAUAACAGUACACUAUUCUGAAUUUUUAUAUAAAAUGUGGUUGAGAAGGUGUACUAAUAUAUAAUUUAUCUUAAUUUUUCUAACUUUUUAUGGAUAAUCUUUCUAUUCAUAUCACAUAAAGAAAUGCGUUGAAGCA